AUGGCGGCGGCGGCGGCGGCGGCGGCGGCGGCGCGGCGGGCGGGCCCGGGGGCGCGGGGGGCCCGGCCGGCCCCGGCGCGGCGCUGGCGGCUGCCCGCGCUGCUCGUGCUGCUGGCGGCGGGCGCGGGCGCGGCGCGGCUGUACCGCGCGGGCGAGGACGCCGUGCGGGUGCUGGACAGCGGCAGCGUGCGCGCGGCCCUGGCCAACAGCUCGGCCGCGUGGCUGCUGCAGUUCUACUCGUCGUGGUGCGGCCACUGCAUCGGCUACGCGCCCACCUGGCGCGCGCUGGCGGCCGACGUGCGAGACUGGGCCCCUGUCAUCCGCGUGGGCGUGCUGGACUGUGCCGAGGAGCAGAACCACGAGGUGUGCCGAGCCUACGACGUCCACUUCUACCCCACUUUCCGGUACUUCAGGGCCUUCACAAAGGACUUCACGGUGGGAGAGAACUUUAAAGGCCCCGACAGGGAGCUGCAGACCGUGCGGCACACGAUGGUGGACUUCCUGCAGAGCCACCCCCCUGCACACAGACCGCCCGCCUGCCCACCGCUGGAGCCCAUCAGGCCCAGCGACGUCCUUGCCCUCCUCGACUCACACGACCGCCGCUACGUGGCCAUUGUGUUUGAGAGCAACAGCUCGUACGUGGGCCGUGAGGUGAUGUUGGACCUGACCCCCUUUGAGAACAUCGUGGUCAAGAGGGCCCUGGACACGGACAGGGCCUUGCUAGAGAAGCUGGGCGUCUCCUCCAGCCCUUCCUGCUACCUCAUCGCCCCCAAUGGCUCCCACGGCGUGGUCCACACCACGAAGCCCCUGCGCUCCUUUUUCUCCUCCUAUCUGAAGUCGUUGCCAGCUGUGAGGAAGAAGGCGCUGUCCCCACCCGAGAAGCCCCGGGAAGGAGGAGCUGCAGACAGGGGGGAGGAGCGGAGAGACUUUGACAGGUCCAGGCUGUACACGGCGGACCUGGAGUCGGGCCUGCACUACCUCCUGCGUGUGGAGCUGUCUGCCCACAAGACUCUGGCGGGAGCCGAGCUGAGGACUCUGAAGGCCUUCGUCACCGUCCUGGCCAAGCUCUUCCCCGGCCGGCCGCACGUCAGGAAGCUGCUGGAGGCGCUGCAGGAGUGGCUGACCACCCUCCCCCUGGACAGUGUCCCCUACCACGCUGUGCUGGACCUCAUCGACAACAAGAUGCGGAUCUCGGGACUGUCCCUCACGAACCGUGUCACGUGGGUCGCGUGUCAGGGGAGCCAGUCCGAGCUGCGGGGCUACACCUGCGCGCUGUGGGAGCUUUUCCACACCCUCACCGUCGCCGCCUGGGCACACCCAGAAGCCCUGGAGGGCACAGGCCUGGAGGGGGACCCGCAGGCGGUGCUGCAGGCUGUGCGAGGCUACGUGCGCACCUUCUUCGGCUGCCGGGAGUGCGGGGAGCACUUUGAGGAGAUGGCCAGAGAGUCCCUGGACACAGUGAAGACCCCGGAGCAGGCGAUUCUGUGGCUCUGGAGGAAACACAACGUGGUCAACAGCCGCCUGGCAGGACAUCCCAGCGAAGACCCCCAGUUCCCAAAGGCCCCGUGGCCCGAGCCGGACCUCUGCCCCGCCUGCCACGAGGAGGCCCAGGGCCCGGAGCACUGGGACGAAGAGCAGGUGCUCGUGUUCCUGCAGCGCCACUACGGCGCGGGCAACCUGCUGCACACGCACGCCGCCGAGCCCGGGAGCCCGCGCCCUCCCGCCCGCGCCCCCGGCCCCACGCCCCGCCCGUCCCACAGGCCGCCCGCUGGCCUGGACACCCCCCGGGCCGUGGACGGGGCGGGCGGCCGUGCGGAGGAGGCGGCCGUGCCUCUCCUGGGCAUGGGCUUCUCCAGCCUGGACAUGAGCCUGUGCGUCCUGCUCUACGUGGCCUCCUCCCUCUUCCUCAUGCUCAUGUACUUCUUCUUCCGGGCGCGCUCCAGGCGCUGGAAGGUCCGGCUGUCCCACCCGGCCGUGUAGCGCGGCCCCAUCAGACCGCGUCCACCACCGUGCCCCUGCCCUUUGCUGGUGCCUUCCGCUCACCCGGAGCGCUGACUCCUCGGGGAGGAGGGGCCGGGCUGCCGGCCGCCUGUCCCCUCCCCGUGGCUCGUGGCAUCGCCGGGCCCCACCCUGGGUGCCUGAUUUGGGUAGGGGGAGGACGGUGAGCUCAGCUGUUAGAGCGGCAGGCAGGGGCAGUGCCCUUUCCACCCGCUGCCCUCCCCGCCAGGCCCCUCUGCUGGGCGUCGUCCCUCCUGUUGUGACACGGUGUCGGGAAACAACAGGGAGCGGGAAUUGCCUCCACACACAGGCAGGACACCGGGGCCUCUGUGGACAGUGUCUCAGAGCUGUGUCUGCACACGGCUGUGCCUGCGUACGCAUAUGUGCCUAUUGGUACGUGUGUGCCUGCUUCUGUGCCCAUGUGCCUGCCAUGAGAGUAUGUGCCUGUGAUGUGUGUGUGCGCCUACUGUGUGCCCGCUGUGUGUGUGUGUGUGCCCACUGUGUGUCUGAGUGUGUGUGCCUGCUGUGCGUGUGUGCCCACCACGUGUGUGCUUGUAUUUGUGUGCCUGCCGUGUGUGCUUGCCAUGUGUGUGUGCCUGUUGUGUGUGCUUGCAUGUGUGUGCUUGUGUGUGUGCGUCUGCCUUUUGUGUAGGCACGUGCCUGCCAUGCACGUGUGCUUUCCGUGUUUGUGUACGUGUGCCUGCCGUGCACGUGAUGCCCAGUUCGUCCAUGGGCCCCAGAGGACAGCCCUGCUGCUGUCUCGUGGCACUGGGGGAGGCCCCCUGCCGACCGCUGAGCUGCCUCAGCUCCUGCCCCUCAGUCUUCAUGUUCAUGUGCAGGGAGGGCUGGUGAGCACUGUGGCAGGAGCAGGGUUUGCAGGAGACCUGGGCUCGGUCCUCAGUGCCAGGAUUUGCCCGAGGACUGGGGUUUGGCCCCAACCAAAGCCACCCCCAGGAGCAUGUUUCCAUGGCUGCUGUGUGCUCCCCGGGAUGGGAGCGGGGGUGCUGGUGCUGGCCGGAGCAGCUCUUGCUGGGAAGGGUGUGCCCGCCCAGACCAUGCCACCUCCCGGCCAGGGGGGCCUGUUUUCUGAUUGUAGGGAUUUAAGAGGCAUACAGACUAAUGAAUAUGACAGUUCGAUAACUUAAAUGUUUAUUUAUUUUUAAUGGAAGGAUUUUGAUUAAAAGGAAGUUAAUUGACA